UGCCCGAGCUGCCGGCCUGGGCUGGGGCCGAGGGGCGGCGCGUGCCGCGGGGGGCGCGGCUGGCACGGGCGCGGAGAGGCGGUGCCGGGCAUGGGCAGGGGACGCGGCGGCCCCACGGCGCGGGGAGCGGGCGGCGGAGGCGGCAGCUAGCGCCCUGCCCGGCGCCGCCUCGCUGGGUGCGCUCGCCCGGCGGACCGGCAGGCGGCGGACCGCGGCCCAGCCCAGGCUGCAGGGACGGGCCCUGCCAACGCGCAGUAGCAGCUCUGGCAAGAAGCUCAGAACCAAGCCGGUGUCAUCACAGAUCUGUGAAGAAUAAAAUAAUGGAAAAAUGCACAGAUUCACAGCCUGAUUUACACUAAUAUAGAGAAAAUCUUCUAAAUCUAAUGAAAGCUGGUAGGAGUUCGGUAGCGUGACCAACAACGUUGGGUCAAGAUGGUGGACACGGAAAGCCCAAUUUGCCCCCUCUCCCCACUUGAGCCUGAUGAUCUGGAAAGCCCAUUAUCUGAAGAAUUCCUGCAAGAAAUGGGAAACAUUCAAGAGAUUUCUCAAUCUAUUGGCGAGGACAGUUCCGGAAGCUUUAGUUUUACAGAAUACCAAUAUUUAGGAAGUGGUCCAGGAUCAGACGGAUCUGUGAUCACCGAUACCCUUUCUCCAGCAUCGAGUCCCUCGUCGGUCACUUUUCCUGGGAUUCCUGGCAGUGCCGAUGAGCCGUCCAGCAUAGCAUUGAACAUUGAAUGCAGGAUCUGUGGGGACAAAGCCUCAGGCUACCACUACGGUGUUCACGCGUGUGAAGGCUGCAAGGGCUUCUUCCGGAGAACCGUCAGACUAAAGCUAGCCUACGACAAAUGCGACCGUGGCUGCAAGAUCCAGAGAAAGAACCGGAACAAGUGCCAGUACUGCCGAUUCAACAAGUGCCUCUCGGUUGGGAUGUCCCAUAACGCAAUUCGGUUUGGACGGAUGCCAAGGUCUGAAAAAGCAAAGCUGAAGGCAGAGAUUCUUACCUGUGAACAUGACAUAGAAGAUUCUGAAACGGCAGAUCUCAAAUCUCUGGCCAAGAGAAUUUACGAGGCCUACUUGAAGAACUUCAACAUGAACAAGGUCAAGGCGCGGGUCAUCCUCGCGGGGAAAACCAGCAGCAACCCGCCUUUUGUUAUCCAUGACAUGGAGACAUUGUGUAUGGCUGAGAAGACACUCGUGGCCAAGCUGGUGGCCAACGGCAUCCAGAACAAGGAGGCGGAAGUCCGCAUCUUCCACUGCUGCCAGUACACGUCCGUGGAGACCGUCACCGAGCUCACGGAAUUCGCCAAGUCCAUCCCCGGCUUUGCAAACUUGGACUUGAAUGAUCAAGUCACUUUGCUGAAAUAUGGAGUUUAUGAGGCCAUAUUUGCCAUGCUGUCAUCUGUGAUGAAUAAAGACGGGAUGCUAGUAGCCUAUGGAAAUGGUUUUAUAACUCGUGAAUUCUUAAAAAGCCUAAGAAAACCGUUCUGUGAUAUCAUGGAGCCUAAGUUUGAUUUCGCGAUGAAGUUCAACGCGCUGGAGCUGGACGACAGUGAUAUCUCCCUAUUUGUGGCUGCUAUAAUUUGCUGUGGAGACCGCCCUGGCCUUCUCAACGUGGGGCACAUCGAAAAGAUGCAGGAAGGCAUCGUGCAUGUGCUCAAGCUGCACGUGCAGAGCAACCACCCAGAUAACACCUUUCUCUUCCCAAAACUUCUGCAAAAAAUGGCGGACCUCCGGCAGCUGGUCACCGAGCACGCGCAGCUUGUCCAGGUAAUCAAAAAGACGGAGUCUGACGCAGCUCUGCACCCACUGCUGCAAGAGAUCUACAGGGAUAUGUACUGAUUUCUUAUAAAUGAACAAGGAAAGGAAACUUGGAGGAUUUUUACAGAUGACAGCACUACGCACGAGAAAUGGGAGCAACGCACCUUACACACCCACCAUCGCAGCCUUAGGGGAUGGAAGUAUAAGCUCUAGGUAACCGGGAUCCUAGUCCACAUUUCUUUCUUUUUUUAACCAGUAAUUCUAGGAGCGUGCAAAGUAUCAAAAUGCUGGUGAUAAGUGGCUGAUAGUCAGGACUUGGAAAAUAGGAGAAGGAUGUCUAGCAGCCUGAUUUUCACUGGCCUAACAAUAAUCCGUGCAGAUUUCUUUAUAUCACGUACUUUACCGUUGAAUUAACCGUUGACCUCAAAAUGCAGUCUGUCUUCCUUUUCUGCCGCUUUUUGACUGCUGUGCUCCUUUAUAAUUUUGAAAACUAAUCAGCACUUUCUUUUAUAAUCCUGUAAAUCUAGAUGUAUCCAAAAGUUAGGUAUUUGAAAAGCAGCAGAAUAUUUAUUUGGAAGACUUCAGUUCUGUUUCCUGAACUUGAAGAAAGACAGCAUGAUGUUUUUUAAUCAUAGGGUUUAGAAUUUCAAAGAAUUCUUUGAUAAGCUAUCAAAACGUAGUGGUUUUGUUUCCAGCUGUUUUCGUGGUUGUAACUAAUAUGUGGAAAAGCCUGUUCCCAGGUUUGUGUGGAAGAUGCCAGAAAACCACAUCUCAAAACCCUCCCCUGGACUUGCUUAUAUGCCUGUUUAAGCAUUUGUGGUCAGCAGGAACAGACAGACCCCCGGCAGUACAUCAGAUGUCCAUGCCUCUCACCUCUCUCCUAUCAGACCUGAACCACCCCGGUCAGGCUGUUUGGGGGUCAUGAGAGUGUUUUCCUGGGCAAGCCAGCAAAUCAUUCAUAAAUGUUCCUCAGGGGCCUGUGUGUCAAGGCAGCUGCUUGGUCUUUUCCCAUGUUGCUUUUUAAAAUAUGCAGCUUUAUUUUUCUAACUCUCAGUGGUAGAAUGGAGAAGAUGAGGCAAAUGUGACUUUACAGGGUGGGCUGGAGUUGGGGGUCCCCUGGAGAACAAGAGAGGCAGGUGUGAAGCCCUUCCUAUGGUGGUCUUUCUUAGUCUCAGGAUUCACAACAGGCUGGUUGUUUUUACAGAGAUUCAGACAGUUAAUCCCCUGUUCCAAUUACAUAAGGUGAUUUUCCAACAUCUGAAAUAUCUGUGUCAGCCUUAAAGACCAACUUUUCAACCUCGGCACAGUUAGGAAGGCAGCGUUCAUUAUGGUUUUCGUCUAGAGCUUACGGACUGGAAAUGCACUUUCUGCCCACGCAGUAGAUCAAUGUCCCAUCAGAGUACUUGAGCUCAGCCUGCCAGGACCAGCACCUCCAUGGGAUUCACCAGACACCUGGUGGUGGUCACCAUUUAUGGCUUGGCUGUACCCUGGAUGCCCCCCACAAUCUUGAGAAAAUUUGGCUUUAGAAGGUUGUUAUUAUUUUGCUGGUAAACAAUUGUUGGAUUGAAAUGGAUGCAGCUCCUGAGAUGAGCUUUAUGCAAAUGCCAAGUAGAGGGAACAGGAAACUAUGGAUUUCAACAAGAAAAAAGCAGGAGUUAAAAUAGCUCCUUAUUUCUCACCUUCUGCAGUCACAGUCAAGCUGAUGGAAGGCCCAGGCUCCACAUCAGGGGUGUCAGUGAAGCCACAGAGGGGGACACACAGACCUCUGAUCAAAAAUCACUUGACAUUGUUCACUUUUAUUAAUUGGAAGAAAAUCACACGUUCCCACUCAUUUUAAAGAAGAGUCACUAAUUGCCACUCAGAAUGUUUUGGGUCACCUAAUUGAGGAUUUCUCAGAACAUUAGUAGUCAGAUGUAGACGAAUUACUCACUAGUCCCACGGACUGGAGAUUUCAAGUAGGAACUAUUAGAAGAGUCCUAGGUUUGGGCAGACAACAGCGUAAUGUACAGUGGGUAUGCCAGGCGGGUUCAGGAAGCUGCAAACGGCCUCCUCCCAUGGGGCUGCAGGGCGGGGCGCCACUCCCCUCCUCACCUCCUUGACCUCUUCUGCAAGCCACUGUUAGACCGAUGGUGCCGGACUCUGCAGAGGCCACAGAAUCACCCUCCCCCCCACUCCCCACCCCCGGGCUCCAGCGCCGAGAGGGCGAAGGGGCCCAUCCAAGACACGUACCCAAUGCCCCAGCCGGCCUGGGCUCUUCCACCUGGUCCCCCAGCACAUCCCUCCUCCUCUGCCUCCUGGGCAUUUCCAGGUGGGUGUCCCACUGCUGAAUUCUGUCCCACCACCCUGCCUGCAAGCAGGCUGAGGGCUGCAUCUGCCCAAGGUCCACUAUUGGCAAAUGCGGGAUGCGCCCCACUGUGUCGGCAGGAGCUGGUUCAGGAGUGGUUGGAUCCUGUCGCAGCACUAAGGGCCAUCCUUUCAUCCCACCUUGCUCUCCAGUUACCCUGUGGCCUUCCUACAACUCUGCUGACCUUAAAGCAUCCUCCUGAAGAGUGUGUAUGCAUGUACAUAAAUAACGAAUGUGACAUCAAGGGGAAAGGAACUCGGUGCUCAGUGCAUUCAAGAACACCCACGAGAGCUGUCCCAUUUUAAGGGGAUACCUUCUCAUUUUAAGAGCACAGAAUGAACCUUUCUGCUGGACUGGUACAAUUCUAAAACUGGCUUCAAGGGUUGUGCAGCAGCUCAAGGGACAGGGAGGCAUCCUAAGAUCUGAGCAGAAGCUCAAGGCACAAGUCAAAAUACUUUGUUUGACAUAUGAUGAGUAAACUAUUAAUUUCGCAGUGACCGUUUCCCCAAAUCCACAGCAUCACACAGCUACCUCAUUAAAAUAUAUGGAAAGGCAGUGUUGCGAUUAAGGCACACAACAUACCUGGGGCCUUCCCGAGGCAUCUGCAGCCCCGUUUGGGCUGAGGGUGCAGAGGUGAUGUGUUCACCUGUGCUGGUCUGCCCUCUGAGAAGGGGCUCCAUGGCUUUUUAAGGGAAAUUUUGUUGCUUAAAGGGUGCCUCAAAAAUAUGCAUGUGCAGAAAUUGCCACCCUGAUCUUGUGAGUGUGAAUGCAACCUGGCUUGGGAGAAGUGGCGACCGUCAUGGCCUGUGGGGACCCACCCCACCAAGGCCUUCCCGCUCCUCAGCUGUGCCUGCUGGCCGUGAAUAAACCUGUCACAGAGACUGCCAGGCGAGGAUGGGAAGCGGUGCUUCUGAGCGAACCUUUGCAGGACCCUGACUUUCCAACUUCCCAAGGUCUUGGCCCUGUGCCUCUGUGCCUGACUCCAGGCACUUCCUGCCUCAUGCUCCAUUUUUCAAGCCAUGGUGACACCCAGGCCAGCUGAUACUUAGUGGCCAGAUGCAGGGUGGAGGGUGUUUCAUCUUGGCCCAAUGGCCGUACCUGUCUUUGGAAUAUCUUACAAACUCCCGUUUAAAUGUGGGCCCAUUGUUAUGACCCAUGAGACUGACGUAGCCACCGGCCUGGCCUUCUGUGGGGGCUUCCAGAGUAGUGCCUCUGCAGCACAUGUUGCCAUUCAAAAUGCACAUCCCGCUAGGAGAGCGUGUCAGGUGCUCCCAACUCCCCACAUGCCCGCAGAUCUCACCUGUUCUCAAGGCAGGUUCUGUGUCUCCUUUGAUUCUCAGCCCCACAAAGGGGAGAGAUUGGGAAUCAACCCCAUUUUAAAGUGGAAAGGCCCAGGUUCAAGACCCAGGGCCGCCAGCAUUGCAGGUCUUUGGCCCUGGGGAUGGGGUGCUUCCUCCACAUGCCCACCGUUGCUGGUCACUUACUACAGGUGGGCGGGGCCCUAUUCCCCCCUUUUGUGGGGGAGCCUGGCUUGAUGCAAGUGUUCCUUCAGGGUACUUACUCAAAACCUUUACGUUCACGAUUGACAGUGGUGUCCGUUCAGGGAGGCAAGGAAAUUAAGCCACCGUAGAAGUCACAAGCGAAGAUUGGUGCCACCACCUGAGGGCUGCUUAUUAAGUGUCCAGAUUUCUUUCCCCAUACCCAGUUUUUUACAGCAUUGGCACUGCCAGCCCAAGAGGCCCAAUGCCAGGCUCUGUGUAUUUGUUCCUCUUCUUUUAGAAGUGGCCCGACUUCUCCUGACGCUUGUCCAUGCCGAGUUGUAGGGAUCUUCUGGGAUUAAUGAUUCUCACCAGCCAUGCCUUUGCAUUGCAUUGUCAGUUAAGAGGAAGGACUCCAGCCUUCCUGACACAGACGGUGGGAGCCAUCCUUCCGGCCCGCCUCCCAGCGGUGCUGUCGGAAGUGAGGCACCUGAACACCUGCAGCGGGAGGGCUCGGAGGACAGCUCGGCUCUGCUCUCUCCACAGCUUGAGGCCCGCCGCCCUCUCAGAUCUACAGCGGCUGGCUGCUUCUCACAUUUUCAGUUUGAGAUGAGAGAACCAUUUACUCCCCAACCCCAAGAAAUGGAGGCCAUAGGAUGUGGUCCGGCUGAAAUGCAUAGAGCCACACCCUUUUGAAAUCCUUUGCCAAACAGAACAGACCAAACUGCAUCCAUGUUCAGUGUCACCUCUUGAUUGAAGCAACUGAGAACAUCCAGGACUUUAAGUGGUCCCAUGGCUGUUAAAUGCUUUAUUUACAAAAAAAAAAAAACAACAACUAAGAAACAUCAGUAUUUUUACAUCAUAGACAGCAAAUCAAGACCUGGGUCAGGUUUUUAAGUUUGAAAUUUGUUGGUUAAUUUAGGUUAAAUGUGAAAACUUGCAUGUUUCUCUCCAGAGAAGGGACUAUACCAACCUCUCCACCCUAGCCUGUCUUCCCACGCUCGGCACCUAAAUUGUUACUGCAUCAAACACAGCAGCAGGCAAGCUGGUGCACACGCACCACCUCCACUGGCCCUGCCUCAUGGGACGCAGGUGAGCCCUGAGGUGGGGGUAGGAGGGCCACCCGCUAUCCUGGCCCAGAGGCGCCCUCAGGCCUCCACACAACCUUGAGGCAGGGAGGUCAAGCUUCAGGCCCCGAAGAUGAGUGAGUGACCCAUCUUUUCAAGGUAAAAUCAUUCACUUUUGGAAAAUAAUCUUUUUAAAAGCACAGAUGGUCUAUUCCCUUUUUCUGACCCAAAAAGAAAGUACCUCACAAAAGAUGAAUGUCACUCAGCACCCUUUUCAGUAAGUUUAGUGUUUGAGUAUCACUGUUUUCUACACUGUGUGGCAGAAAGAAUAUGUUAACAGCUCUCUCUUAAAUACUGUGAUUCUAGUGUUUUAAAAAAAUCUUAAUACAAGUAAUAACUUAAAAUAAUACAUCAAAUAACAAACAUUUGGAGUAUUUUGAAAUUAGGUCAAUUAACGUGUGUUAAUAGCCUGCCUUGUGGACCCUGCUGGAAACACAGGGGAAGCUCAAGCCACUGAAAUGCAAUUGCGCACGUGCACAUGCAGGUUCUCACUGCUCCUGAGCCACGUAGGAUUUCUUUCCCUGGGUAGAUGCGUUCCCUUUGUCACACGUCACGGUCAAGAAGCGCAGCAGGCGAGGCUGCCACAGACCCAGGCCAGGCCAGGCUUCCUGCAGCAGCGUCUCAGGGAAGACCGUCAGCUCUUCCUGGGUAGUAAGUAGCUGUCUGCUCUUCAGAGAAUGACUGCCUGUGGGUUAUUAUUACCAAAGAACUUGGGCGAUCUGAAAUAUUCUGAUGGAAUAUUUGCACCAGCUGGUUCUCUGGCAGCCCCCAGAUGGCCAGGCCUGAAGCGUAAAACAGAACCACAGACCCCGAGUCUCCCAUGUUGUUUUCGCCAUCUUAGCGAAAUUUCUGGUUGAUUGUAUCUGUACCCCGCAUGGACCGCAGAGCCAUCCUGCUGAAAGCCGACGGGGAGCGUGUAUGACACACGUCGGAUCAGUGCAGAUGCCCAAGCGAGACCGAGCCUGGCUUCUUGGCGCGUGUUUAUCAUUGCUAUUCUUAGGUGCCUUAUACUCUUAAAGUAUUCAGGGACUGACAGACCCCUUUUUUAUACUAAACAGGAGCAGUUACCAAGCAGGUCUUUUUAGGCAGGACUCUCCUGGGUCUGGGUGGGCAGCCACGGCCUCAGGAAGCACGGUAUGCAGAGCACAUGGAAUCUUGCUAGUCACCUUAACUGAAAUUGACAGUGGUUCCAGGUAAUUAGAAAAUGGCUAUAAAAUAACUUUAAUUUUAAAAAUCUUGGUUGUUUUUCCCACUAGGAGAUUGAACGGAUCAUAUAUAUCGAUUUAUAUCCUGAAUGUAUGGGAACUUUUAUGUUUGGAAUGUCCUACUGUAAGACUGAUGAAUGUAAAGAGUUAAUUUCAGGGUACAGUUUUGCCUUAAUGGUUUUUAAAAAUAAACUAUUUUUUAAAAUUA